GCGCAUUCAGUUGCCACUGUUCCGGGAAACGCUCCGCAGCUAGGUUAAGCCAAUCUGAAAAACAUAGCUAGAUGAUAGCUCCGUUAAAAGUAGGUACGCGUUAGAGAUGUGGCCGCUGUCGGCGUUGGUGUUGUCGGCGCUGCUGGCGGUUUCGGCGCGCGAGCUGGACCCGGCGGCGUGCGCGGCACGCUUCGACGUGCAGCGCGACAAGAUCAUCCGCACGGAGGAGUCGCGCGAGAUGGGCGCGCGCUACUUGGCCGAGCUGGACGUGGGCGCGCGCCAGGAGUGCCUGCGGCUCUGCUGCGAGACCGACGCCUGUGACGUUUUCGUCUACGAGGAGAAGAGCCCGGGCAGCUGCUACCUGUUCGCGUGCGGGCCGCCCGAAGACUUCCGCUGCAAGUUCACUGCGCACGGCAACUUCAGCAGCGGCGUGCUGGCCGUAGCCCGCCGCCGAGCCGAGCAGCAGGACCGGGCGCUGUUAGAACAACACGAGCGCGCGCUGGCUAGUCUCAGGUACAGGGCAAGCACGACGGCGAGCACAACGACGUCUACGACAACGCCGCCGCCGCCGCCGCCGCCCCCGCCGACGCCGCCGCCGGCGCCGCAGCUGCCGCCCCCGCGUCGUUGUAGCCGCUACCAGUUCGAGUGCCACACCGGCGGCGAGUGCAUCGCCGUGUACAACGCCUGCGACGGCGUCCCGCAGUGCGCCGACGGCAGCGACGAGGCGCCGGAGCUGGGCUGCCCCGCGCCGCCGACACGCGCGCCGACGCCGCCGCCGCCCACACAGAUACAGGUACAACGCGACGGCGAGCCAUGCGCCGACGGCAGCGACGACGCCCCGGAGCUGGGCUGCCCCGCGCCGCCGACACGCGCGCCGACGCCGCCGCCGCCCACACAGAUACAGGACAUAAGCGUGGAGGUAGGCGGCGAGGGCGCGGCGGGCGAGCGCUGGCCGCAUCGCCUCGCGCAGGCCCAACCGCACCGGUACAGCACCAACGAGGUGGGCGGGUCGCACAUCUUCAGCCACAAGGGCGGACUGCUGCAGCAGCCGCGAGAGGAGGCGCCGGCGCCGCCGUUCUACGAGCCGCAGCCCGCCUGGCCGAGGGCGCCAUGGUCGCAGCCUCAGAAUGUGAUGGAUUCCGGUUGGGGCAGCUACGCUCGGCCGGAGUGGCCGGAGCCCGACCCGCGGCGCGCGUGGCCCGUGCCUCAACCUAGGCCCGAACCGGAUAUUCCGGUGUACAUCCCAUCUAAGACGAUGCCGGAGCUACCGCUGGCGUACGGCGGGCAGCACACACUACGUGACGCGCCGAAGAAAGGGCCUCCGCCUCCACCGCCGCCGACGCCGCCCACGCCGACACCGGCGACUGCGCCGCCGGCGCCCAAACGGGAGCAGGAGAAUUUAUCCAAUAAGUCUACUAAACAAGAGGCAAGUAUACGACUUGAUUUACUUAAUACACGACGGGUCUCCGUCGACGCGACGCCCACGCCGACCCGAACAGGAACAGCAGAAUUUGUCUUAGUCCCUUCGCCGGUGGCGGCGAGCGGCGCGGGCGCCGACAUCGAGGUGCCGCGCUACACGGCGGCCCACGCGCCGCACUUCCUUAGCGACGAGCGCGACGGGCUGAGCGACCACCCGCCUGCCGCCGUGCUUCUACUAGUGCUAGGUGUGCUAAUGACGGCUGCCAUGGCGGUACUAGCGGGAUGUCGCGCACGCGCGGCGCGGCGUCGGCUACGGCGCGGCAAGUCGCCCUUCGCUCACGACGCCGACUACCUCGUCAACGGCAUGUACCUGUAGGCGCCGCCACCGCCCAAGACGCCGACGCCGGAAAAGUGAUGGUGGUCGUGACGAACUUUUUAUAAAAAGUAAUGAGAUCGAUUCAUGAAGACCAAGUUGGUUUUUGCCUCGUUAACAAAACGUGAGCCGCACACGUUAAUAAGUUAGCGAUUUAACUUAUUAUCACACUGCAAAACGUCUAGGUCUGGUUGGUUUUCAGGUUUUAAGCUAAGACUUGCGUAAGUUAAUCUUAUCCUAUUUACCUACUUACAUCUAAAGUGAUCGAAGGGCAUCCCCGAAACCUUCGAAGAGAUAAACGUUUUCUAAUCUUGCCAUACUCAAAAUCAUUAGUUAGUGCACAAGCCCUAAAACGUUUUGUUCACAAAGGCAAAAUACAACUAGGUCCUCCUAAACUGAAACCAAAGUGAUAACUAUAUUAUCUUGUACAACGUUUGAGCAGUAUCUGCAGUAUCAAUUGUGGAGGUGUCUAAGUAAAUUCUUUAGAUUUCCCGAUGUUCCGAGGUGUGCUUUUUCGGCGGAACUGUCGGAUUUAUUUUGCGAUUGAAUUAAAACUAAAUAGCUCAUCAUGUUUAACGCAUGUUAACUGUUCUGAUAUCAAAUUGUUAAUAUGAAUUAAAUAAUAAGAAUUAUUGAUAAUUUUACAUUAUUGUCUUCGUAAAAUAUGAAAGGUGGGAAGUGGGAAGUACCUAGCCAGGUUACCUGGCCAUAAUAUUCUGUCACCUGCCAAAUAUCAAUCUUUGAAAUACAUAAUACCUAAUUAGAUGAAACAUUCACCGCCUUUAUAAUACCGUGCACUGAUAUCUCUGAGUGAAUAAUCAAAAUAGGUAUAUACUUCUCUAAAUUCUCUAUUUUUUUUUGAUGUCUUAUUUAUUUAGACGUAAUAAACUUCGAGUGUUCGGAUUAAGUUUCCAAAUAAAUAUUAUAGAUCUGUU